CCGUCAUUCAUAAAUCUCAACGCUCUAGACGCUGGGCCUUGAAUAGAAACGAUAUAUUUUCAUUUGAAAAAUCGCUGGUAUAAAAAGAACCCUAAGGUAAAAACAAAUAGAUUUCACAAAAAUGUCGCAAAGAAAGUUACCGCUUUGGAUGCUGGAAGCCCGAAAACGCGAACCAUUGGAUAAAAGCUCUGAAAAAUUGGAAACUGCAUGCGCAAUUGCAACGCAGAAUGUCACAUCUCUGGAAGAGGAAGGCGAACCACCGAAACGACGUUUACGCAGUAAUUACAAGAUUGAAUCGGAGGAGAAGAAAGAACCUAUUGUGCAGAUUGAAUAUCUUCCGUUCAUCGAAUACUCUGGAGCGAUCGGAUAUUACACCACCCUGCAGGACAUUGCGUUCCACAGCAAUAACUUGUUAAACCAACUUUUGCAACAAUCAACCGACCAGGACAUCCCGAUAGCGUUCGAUUUGGAGUGGCCGUUCAGCUUUACUACAGGCCCAGGCCGUACGGCUUUAAUGCAGCUCUGUGGCAACACAGAUUAUUGUCUGUUGCUGCAAAUUUCCUGCCUAAAGCGACUACCGCCAGCGUUGACGGAGCUGCUAUAUCACCCGCGGGUGGUGCUGCAUGGCGUCAAUAUUAAGAAUGAUUUCCGUAAGCUGGCACGUGAUUUCCCAGAGGUGAACGCCGAUCGGCUGAUAGCACGAUGCGUGGAGCUGGGUCAGUGGUACAACGAACUAAAUGGUUCGACCGGUCGCUGGAGUUUAGCCCGUCUGGUGGAGCAAGUGCUGAAACUACGCAUAAAUAAGGACAAAAGUGUACGGAUGAGCCAAUGGAACGUUUUACCACUGUCGUAUAAUCAGAAACUCUACGCAGCCAUCGAUGUUUAUAUAGGCCAGAGGCUGUACCUUAAUCUAGCGGAAAAGCAAAAGGAAAAAGAUAAUGUUGAAAACUGCAUGCUGGAAGAAGACGCCGCAACACUAGAACAAAAAAACAUUUCAGUGAAGCUACAGCAGGUUGCAGGCGUCGAGAAGUUACCGCUGACUACCAAAAAUAACGACCUUAAACAGUAUAAACCGGAUGAGCCGUAG